UCCUGCUUGCCUUUACAUAACCUCAUACUCUCCUCCUCGAUUUAAAGACGGAACGCAUAUAGGACCAGCGGCCAACCAGUACAGGAAUAUCUCCUGUCUAUUCGUAUAUUUCCAGAAAUGGACGGUUUUGCCGGCAGUUUAGACGACAGCAUCUCGGCGGCGAGCGCGUCGGACGUGCAGGACCGGCUGUCGUCGCUGGAGCUGCGCAUGCAGCAGCAGGAGGACGAGUUGGCCGUGCUGAAGGCCGCCCUGGCCGACGUGCUGCGCCGUCUGGCUCACUCCGAGGACAGCGCCGCCACCACCAAGAAACCGUCCGGCAAAGGGCAUAAUCCUUUACGUGAGGCAUACUCCAUGUCUUGCAUAGCCAAUGGAAGCUCCAGGAGUCGCAAAGCCCAUCACAGAGACGGCCUCUCCCUGUCUGUCGCCAGGAAGGAGACCCUCUCCUCUGCAGCCAAGAGCGCAAAGCGUGGGUCGGGAAUCGAGCGUUCACAGAGCAGCACGUGGGAGAGCGGUGAGGAGGGCAGAAGCAAGCUGGUGAAAGCCGCCUCCACCUCCAAGCUGCUCUCCAAGGCAGCGAAGAGCGCAGAGAAGCACAAAGACCCUGUGAUCAGCCAAGAGGGGGACUACAUCAAGAUGUUCCUGCGGGGGCGUCCAGUAACCAUGUACAUCCCGUCUGACGUGCAAAACUACGGGGACUUCCGAACCGACCUGCCAGAGGAGCGGCUGAAGAUGGAGUGGGUCUAUGGGUACAGAGGCCGGGACUGCAGGGCGAACGUGUACCUGCUGCCCACGGGAGAGAGCGUCUACUUCAUCGCCUCGGUGGUGGUGCUCUUCAACUGCGAGGAGAGGACCCAGCGCCACUACCUGGGGCACACCGACUGCGUCAGAUGCCUCGCCAUUCACCCGGAUAAGAUCCGAAUCGCCACAGGGCAGCUUGCCGGGGUGGAUAAGGAUGGGCGGCCCCUGCAGCCUCACGCUCGUGUGUGGGACUCCGUCACUCUGUCCACCCUGCAGCUCAUCGGCUUGGGAGCCUUCGAAAGAGGAGUCGGCUCACUCGCCUUCUCCAAAGCGGAUUCAGGCACCCACCUCGCUGUGGUUGAUGACUCUAAUGAGCACAUGCUGACUGUCUGGGACUGGCAGAAAAAAAACCUCAUCGCUGAACUGAAGACCACCAACGAGACUGUUUUUGCAGUGGAGUUCCAUCCAACGGACACCAGCACUAUCGUCACCUGCGGCAAGGGCCACGUCUACUUCUGGACCUGGAGUGGCAGCUCGCUGACACGCAAGCAGGGCAUAUUCGGGAAGCACGAGAAGCCCAAGUUUGUGCAGUGCGUGACCUUCCUGAGCACCGGUGACGUGGUAACGGGCGACUCCGUGGGCUUCAUGAUGGUGUGGAGCCGUAGCACCGCAGAGCCCGCCCCGGGAAAAGGGUCUAAAGGCGCCUAUCACAUCAGCCGUCAGAUCAAGGCGCACGAGGGGAGCCUCUUCACACUGUGUCAGAUGAGGAACGGGACCUUGCUCACAGGAGGGGGGAAGGACCACAAGGUCAUCCUGUGGGACCAUGACCUCCACCAUGAGAGAGAGAUCGAGGUGCCAGAGCAGUAUGGAACCAUUCGAGCGUUGGCCGAGGGGAAGGGGGAACAGUUUCUGGUGGGGACUUCCCGUAACUUCAUCCUGAGGGGCACAUUUAACGAUGGCUUCCAGGUGGAGGUGCAGGGUCACACAGAUGAACUUUGGGGGCUGGCCGCACACCCCUUCAGGGACCUAUUUCUCACCUGUGCCCAAGAUCGCCAGGUGUGCCUGUGGAACUCUGUGGACCACUCCCUGGAAUGGAACAGGCUUCUGGAUGAGUCAGGCCACUGUGCAGACUUCCACCCCAGUGGUGCUGUCGUGGUUAUUGGGACCCAUUCAGGAAAGUGGUAUGCUUUGGAUGCCGAGACCAGGGACCUGGUUGCCAUCCACACGGAUGGAAAUGAACAGCUCUCUGUCAUGCGCUAUUCUUCAGAUGGCUCGCUGCUGGCAGUAGGAUCACAUGACAACUUCAUUUACCUGUACAACGUGUCUGAGAAAGGCAAGAAAUACAGCAGAUACGGGAAAUGCACUGGACAUACCAGUUACAUCACACAUCUGGACUGGUCUCUCGACAGCAACUUCCUCAUGUCCAACUCAGGAGACUAUGAGAUCCUUUACUGGGAUAUUUCAAGCAGCAGCUGCAAGCUAAUCAAGAACCGCUCUGAGUGUAAGGACAUUGACUGGGCUACCUACACCUGUGUACUCGGAUUCCAUGUCUUUGGGGUGUGGCCAGAGGGCUCAGAUGGCACGGACAUAAACGCCCUGAUGAGGUCUCACAGUAGAAAGCUGAUUGCACUGGCUGACGACUUCUGCAAACUUCACCUCUUUCAGUACCCCUGCUCAAGGCCCAAGGCCCCCAGCCACAAGUACACGGCCCACAGCAGCCAUGUGACCAACGUGACCUUCCUGCACAGCGACAGCCACGUAGUGUCCACGGGGGGCAAGGACACCAGCGUCAUGCAGUGGCGCGUGGUGGAGCGAGCCCCGUCUCUGGGCAGCGGCGACGCGCUCACCCUGGGCCUGGGGGACGGGCUCCUUCACAACUCCUCCCCCUGGGGCGGGGUCUCGCUGCCCGCGCAGCCAACCGUGUCCUCCGAACCAACCGGGCCCCUCCCCUCCUCCGCCGGGCCCACCCAUAACGGACAGCUGCAGAGCUCGCCGGAGAGCACCCCGCCCCCCUCCGACAGCACGCUCAGCCCCGAGGAUAGCCUGGAGCAGCCUAGCGACGACUUGGCCACGCCCAACGACGAGCACGGGCCUUCCUUACCCUUGUAAGACGCUUAGCAGUUACCCUGUUCCUACUCUGGAGCGGCUCCUAGUGGCACCCAGAUGUCACUGCAGCUUCCACUGUGGAGUGCAGUAAACUUUUUUUGUAUGAGAAUCUUUUCAAGGUUUUUUUUUUUUUUUAGAAUGCAAGAGGUCUGAGGAGAGCUGUUGCUUUUUCUUUUUGUCUUACCACUCAGCUACAUCUCAUGGAAAAGAAUGAAGGGGAAGUUACUAUACACAUUUUUGUUGGGUUCUCCAUAUUUCAUAAAACGUACAUGGAGAGACUCGCUUGGUUGAAUGUCUGCAUUAUAUUUCAGCUGAAUGCAGUAAUUGUGCUGGAAUAACUGGAAUACUGAAUGAAUAGUGUUUAAUUUAUCACAGCUUACUUAUUUCUUUCAUGAUUUUUUGCAAUGGCUGUUUGUGUGCUGCAUUUGUUUUUUAAUGGGUGAUUGGAGACCUUCUUUCCUUUACCAGCAGUACUUUGAAAAAAAAAAAAAAACCGGUGGUGGCUGGAGCUUUUUUGAAAAGUAACAGUAAGAAAAAAGAAAGAGAGAUAGUGUCAAGUGCUUUGGUUGUUCUUUGGAUCCUUUCAUUUUGUUACAGUGUCAUCCCAGGCCUUGUUCCCUGUUUGCCAAAUCUCAGGGUCAGCCUGCCAGGUAUCACACCGCCAGCAAUGAUGGAGGCGUCCAUCUGCUUUCACUCCUGCCCGCCACCACCUGAGAGCAGUUUCUCUGUCCUCCAAGUAGGCAGACUGAUAACAUUAAAGAAAAAGCCUUCCUCCAGUUGACAGCUGGGAGCACCAUAGAUAUGGUGUCACUAGACUGCUGGUUUGUGAGCUCUGCGCAUCUCACUGGCCUGUUCAACACCAAGCAAUGCCAUAGCAACUGGCAUGCUAUGUGAGCCUCACAACAUUGAUAUGAUUGGCUGAGCUACAGCGAGUUGUGAUGUAAUAGGUCAGAUGUAGGCAGCAAUAGCUUUUUUUCUACCAGAGAUGGGGCUGUAAUGCCAUGCUGUAAUUGGCCAAUUGCGGGUCAUGGCACAACUUUUUUCUUUUUUUUAAGUGCUUUGUUUUUAAAAUGCCAGGCCACUUUUGGUGUGGUGGAUGCUGUAAAAAGGCAUGAAAUAUGGAUGCUUUGUUUGUUUCUGGUUCUGUGAAGUGAGAAUUUGAGACGAAAGGUGACGCCAGUGCAUGAUGUCAGUGUUACGUGGAUCUAAACAGAUUGUGGAUGGAAAUUAUGUAAUGUAAAGGUUCAGUAUAGUGAGAGGAUUCAUUUGGUAAUGACGUACUAACAUGACACCAACACUGUUCUCCAUUAAUUUUCAAAGCUCUCUAUGUUACUGCUGGUGUACAGAGAAUCUCUUUUUUUAUCUUGCUCGGUACAAUGUCGGGAUUAUUGCCAAAUGCAAUGUUUGCAUUUUUUUCUUGGCAAAGGAAUGAUUUUCCAUUAUGCUUUAGCAACUUACCUGAAGUGUCAACAGGCAGCGCAAUCCUCGAAUGCUUUGCUGUUCGAUACGGGAAACCCAGAGGAGUUGGGAUGGCACUUGCCAGUUUUGAAAUGCUGAACACUUACACAGGUUACAGAAUCACAUAAGCUAGCUAGCUAGCAAAGCUAGUGGAGAAAGAUAGAAGGUGUUCGGUUGUACAGCCAGUUGGCAACAUGCUUUGUGGCAGACAAAUGAUACUAUCUAACAUUAAAAACCAGUCCUCAGGAGAAAGAAGAAAAUAACAUGCUGAAGAAUGUGUGGUGUAUUUUUAACAAACUUGAGGCCUGUGCCCCAUUCUGGUUGUGUGAAUGUGUGACAGGGGCAACUCCUCCAGCUGAUUUCUGCUAGCUCAUUCUAGUUCUCAGAUACAGUACAUACUCACUACAUGUCUACGUUUGCCCUCAUGAUAACCACUCUGACUUGGUCAGUUCCUGUAUAUAUUGAUAUGCCUUUGUGUAUAAUUCUGUUGACUGACUUUAUUUAGGAUUUGUUUUUUGAACUUGCACUUACGGCCAAGAGUAUUCUACUGGUACACACCAGUAUGCCCUACUAAACCAAUGCAUGUGUAAAGUACAUUUUAGUCGUAGUUCAUUAUAGUAUUUUGAUUGUAAUGGUUGGAAAAACAUAUGGUUUUGAAACCCUUGAGGGUUGAAGUAGUGCCACCAUGAACAUUUUGUCUGACACCUUAACCUCUGCCAAUAAGAGCAACAGUGACCACAAAAUCUAAAAAUCAACAGUACCAGCAACAUCAAAGAGGUGUGUGUGUGUAUGUGUGUGUGUGGGUGUGUGUGCGUGAGCGAGCGAGCGAGUAAGAGAGUGUCUGUGCACACCUGUGUUUAUGUGUGCAUGUGUUUUCCAGAUAGCAAAACUGAAUCUGUAGACUCUUGGGUUAUAAACAUGUACUGUUCACAUGAAGAAUUAUGCCUGCAACAACAGAUAUGCACAUAACCAUACAGUUUACACAGCGCAGGUAAUAAAGACAGUUAACAUAGAUGAUUUACAAAGGAUCAUUUAAUAGCUUUGAAGGCACGGUAUAAAAUGGAUAACAACCAGUUAAAGAGAUAUUAAAUUACCUAUUGGAUAAGGCAGCCUAGCUGUCCAUGUUCAUGUGAAUGUCACAGCUGGAUACCCUGGCUGCAGGUCCCCCGGGUAAAUCAGAAUGUCUCUUUCGCUCUCUCUGCAAUAUUCUUCCCGCUUCGAAACUUAAGUCAAUGAAGGGCUUGGACUAUUCACCUUUUCAUUUUGAGAAAGAAAAAUAAACAUUUGACGACACAGUCUAGCAGUGGCUAACCCGAUUGCUUAGUGCUGACAUUGCAGAAGGGUCAUAGCCAUGCGACUGGGCUCGCAGCCCUCAAGUAACUGAACAUAGUCUGCCCAACACCAUAUAGGGGAGGAGCCCAAAGUGGGUUUGUGGAUCCCUGAGCAAUGGAUCGUCACUCCGCUGAUUAAUUGGGUUGGAGAACAGUGAGCUUUCCAGAACAGGAACCCACCCAUAUAGUGAGUGGAACCCUGUGCUGGAUUGGACUGUGUUUAAGGGACUGGUAUUCAGAGAGUUGAGGCCAAGUUACAGGCUUUAGUGAAGGUGAUAGUUUAAAAAGAAAGGUGGAAUGAGCAUGAUACAAUAAAACAAGACCCAGAUCCAAUCUAACUGCAAAGUGCUUUAGAUUGAAUAUUGAAUACAAAUGUAAUACUUUAUUGGAACGGAACCAAAUGUACCAUUUGUCCUUUUGUUUGUCAUUUGUAUGUUCCUCAAAGUUAAGGACAAAGUGAAAUGAUGUGAAGAUAUUUGAACCGAUAUCUUGGUUGCUCUUUUAUUCCUUUCAAAUGGCAGUACAAUGCUACGAAUAAAAAAACAAAAGAACUUUUCAAACAGAAAA